AUGGUUUAUAAUCCACGUCCUACUCGGGCUGAAGUCUCAGAUGUGGCAAACGCUGUUUUGGAUGGAGCUGACUGUGUGAUGCUGUCGGGGGAAACAGCAAAGGGAAAAUACCCCAUUAAAACAGUCCAAAUGAUGCAUCAAAUUGCUCUCGAGGCUGAGUCUGCUGUUUACUACCAACGUUUCUACUCAGAUAUGAGGAUAAUGCAAGGCAUUGGGGCUGACACAACUGAGACUAUUGCUAUUUCUGCUCUUGAAGCUGCCAAUGCCUCAAUGGCAUCUGUUAUUGUGGUGUUGACUACUACUGGGAGAUAA